UCCCAUUCCUUACUGUAUGCUCUCUUUCUCUUUCUCUCUCCAACUCUCUAUAUGUAUAUAUGACCUCUCUUGUCAUCACAAUUCAAUUCAUAACAGGCUAAACCUGUACUACAAAUAAAACUAAACUGAAAAUGGGUUUGGGUUUUAAUAAGUUUUCUUUGGUUUUGGUACUGAGCCUUUCAAUGGUGGUUGGCUCCUCUUCUGCUGGUAACUUCCACCAAGACUUUGAUAUAACAUGGGGUGGCAACAGAGCCAAGGUCUUUAAUAGAGGACAACUUCUUUCUUUGUCUUUAGACCAAGUUUCAGGCUCUGGAUUCCAGUCCAAGCAAGAGUAUCUAUUUGGAAGGAUUGAUAUGCAGCUCAAACUUGUUGCUGGAAACUCUGCUGGCACUGUUACUGCCUAUUAUUUGUCUUCUCAAGGGCCAACCCAUGAUGAGAUCGACUUUGAGUUUCUGGGAAACGUUAGUGGCGAUCCUUACGUUCUUCACACCAAUGUGUUUACUCAAGGGAAAGGCAACAGAGAGCAACAAUUUUAUCUCUGGUUCGACCCCACAAGAAACUUUCACACUUACUCCAUCAUCUGGAAACCCCAACACAUCAUUUUCUUGGUGGAUAAUAUUCCUCUAAGGGUAUUUAAAAAUGCUGAAGCAAUUGGGGUACCAUUCCCUAACAACCAGCCAAUGAGGAUUUACUCAAGUCUUUGGAAUGCUGACGAUUGGGCUACAAGAGGUGGACUUGUGAAAACUGAUUGGACAAAAGCACCUUUUACUGCCUAUUACCGCAAUUUCAAUGCCGUUGCUUGCACUUCUUGUGCCUCAAAAUCAGCUUCCUCUUUCUCUGAUGCUGCAUGGCAGUCCAGUGAAAAUGACCUUGAUGCCACAAGCAGAAGAAGAUUGAGAUGGGUUCAGAAAUAUUUCAUGAUUUACAAUUACUGCACUGAUUUAAAACGCUUCCCACAAGGUGUCCCUUCUGAGUGCAAACAACGUUCAAGAUUCUGAAAUAUGAAGACGGUGUUUGUUUGUUUGUUUGUUUUUUUCAUAAAAUAGGUUAUGGGUGGCGGUUCUUUACAGCUUCCUCUUUAUUCAAGUUUCACUCUGCUUGCUACUUUUUGAGGGUUAUAAUUAAAUAAAUCACAUUCUUUUCUUUCUUGUCUCUUAGUUUGUGUUGGUGAUGACUGUAAAUUCUAUCGCAGAUAAUAAAAGUCUCUCUCUUAUGAAGAUCACGACAA